AUGGGUAUCCCCGAGGCUCGAUUACCAACAAUCUCUCCAUUUCCUUCUAGAAGCUAUCGUCUUGAUUCUUCGAAACAAACUGAAAGAUCCAUUGUACACCCGUAUCAGCUUAUCAGCACAACAGGGCUUACGAAAGGGAAAAAAUUAGAUCGUGGCCAAAAUGGACGGGUCCUUCCCACCCAACGGAUCAAUGCUCAACCAAAGAAACGUUCCAACUCGGGUAGGGACACCAUCAUUGCUGCACGCAGCCUCACCAUCUCAAAACAUAAGUAUGCAGCAGUAGCUGAAUUCGCAAAGGUCGCCGUUCAGGAGCAUCAAGAUUUUAUUACUCAGGUCAUUUCCACCGAUGUAGGGCGUUGCCAGGGGCGUCAGAUUUCGAUUAUCAAACUGUAA